CAACUCCACACAUGUUCUUGUUCAUAUUUCGAGCCUUCCUCAAAGAUACUGAUCCAGGUUCUCCCCAAGGAAUCUUCAAAUCUGCGAAGAAAGUCACCAGAUUCCCAAAUCACCUAUGGCCGACAGCUCUGUGAAGCUUCGUAUUGCCGAGCUGAGAGCCGAGCUGGAAGCUCUUGAACAGACUUUGAGCCUUUCAGAACAAGCAGGGAACGAUGUUAAAAUAAUCAACGACCCAAAAGAAGAGUCACAGCGUCUCGAGACGACAUCAGCAGUGCCACCCAAUGAAGAGAGAUUCGCCGGCCCUGGACAAGACAAUUCUAGUUCAGACAUCCCAGCGCCAAACUCUGACAGAAUUGAUGAUGUCGAUAGCGAUCGCUCAGUCCUUGACCCUGACCAAAACUCGGUUGUCGACUCAACGUUGCCCCUGUGGCCACGGGAUGUUGCCACCAUACCUCAACUCAAUCGCGUAAACUGGACACAGUUCAAAAAUUCAACCAUGAAUGAAAGCAGGGUCUACGCAAUUGACGUGCUGAUGGGUCCAGCUAAAUUUUACUGGCAGAGACGUGGGGAAGAGCUGCACUCUCAGCGUCGAGCCAGCAAAGCUACCUCUGGCGAAGGUUCAUCGGUAUUCACAGCCAACGAAGUUGUCGAACCGCAGCCAAAGUCUAUGUCCUCGAAUGUGGCUGAAACAACCCAUGAGAUGCCUGAAAGAAUCCGUAUUAAUUGUAAGAAGCUACUCGGGUUCCUGGGAGAGUUGGGAGAGUCUUCAAUGGAGAAAAGCACAGUAUUGCUUCGGCCAUACAAGCUCUUAGUUCGUCACGACAGUGCUAUACGACGAAGGCUACAAGACCUUGAGGAGCGACACUCCGAAUCAAGUGGAGAGUCCCUGUCUAGAAGAAGAUCCACAGAUGGUAGCACGCCACAGCUAGCUCUUGCGGAAAAUGCCGCAAGCGAGAAUCAGCCGUUACUGAGACAAGCCACUCCUCUUGUAAAAGAAUCAGCAGACGGAGAAUUUCAAUCGGAAAUUGAGAGCCUACGCUGUCUUGUGCAAUUCAUGGACGUAGAGAUUCUGCCUGUGUACCAACGAUGUCGAUCGAGUGAUUUGAAGAAAAUCUACUUUCAUGAUCUCUGGUUUUUCUAUCGUCCUGGCGACCUUGCGGUAUCCUGGACGAAUCUUGACGAGGGCUCAACGUCGUCGCCUGGAAAAGGGCCGCCUACCAUCUGGAGGAUACUGGCUGUAUCAAAAGGUCGAUCUGUCCUUGGUGUGCCCCAUGGACAAGAGGAUGAGCGACUACGGCCGCCAACAAUCAAAAUCAACAGGUUCGAGAUUCUGUGCCAUAUCAUCUCCUACGAUGGAACAUCCUUUGGACCCCUCGACCACACUUUUUCAAUCUCACCAUUCGACGGUCAGAAAGAGAUCGGCGUACUUGAUCCUUGCCCUCUUCGUUAUGUAGAGAACUCUGUUGAAAUCGAGGAACAACUAGUGGCCAGGGGCAGGAAAUUUGUGCAAUACACAAAACCUACCCAUUCUCUCUACGUUGGCAAUACCUUGUGUCGACACCCCUGCGGACUCGUGUGUAAGAUGGAACCUUCAUCAAAGCCAGUGGACGGUCCUGUUAUCGUAGACUUCAAAGAAGCGAAACGUGAAAACUCACAUUGGGUCGCGAAUCACGGAAUGCCUACUGCGAGCGGUGGUUCGGGACUCGAAUUCAUGGAAGACUACCCGAACAAUGUCUGGGAAGACGAGACUUAUCAAGUACUAAAGGACACGACAGCCGACUUGAUAUACGCGGAUGAUGGGAUAGAUGCUGCAGAUAUGGACGAUCUCGUGGCGAGCAACGCUUUCCUAGCUACACAAAAGUACUCUUCUGGUGAUCUAUUUGUUGACUACCAGGCUUUUGACCGCAUGGAUUACGCGCUCCUUCCCGAUCGCGUUGUGGGAUUCGAUUUGCACAGGCGUAGAUUUGCCAUACUAGCGCUUGACUGCUUGCAUCCGAUGCAAGUCAGCAAAGAAGGCUGGGCGGAUCUGAAGCUACCUCGCGGUCACAAGCACAUGGUCCAGGCUCAGAUCAAGACACACUUUAUGGACAAGCAGUCACGCAAGAUGAAUGCUCUGCAAGAUCCAGAUAUCGAUUUGGUUCGUGGCAAGGGUAUGGGUCUUAUCAUACUCCUCCAUGGGGCGCCAGGUGUGGGUAAAACAUCGACUGCAGAAUGUGUUGCGGAGUCACUGAAAAAGCCUCUUUAUCCGAUAACCUGUGGUGAUCUGGGUGUCACAGCUGCCGCUGUUGAAUCAGAGCUGAACAGUACGUUCGCCAAAGCUGAAAUCUGGGAUUGUGUGUUGCUGUUAGAUGAGGCGGAUGUAUUCCUCGCGCAAAGAACGAGGACUGAUCUCAAACGAAACGCAAUUGUUUCGGUGUUUCUUCGUGUACUCGAAUACUACAAAGGCAUUCUGAUCCUCACAACCAACCGAGUCGGCGCGUUCGACGAAGCCUUCAAGUCGCGAAUCCAUCUGCAUCUCUACUACCCAGCUCUCAACCAAGACCAAACCGCGGCAAUAUGGAAAAUGAACCUCGACCGCGUCAUCAAGCGACAAAAAGGGCGCGUCACCGCCGACGAGCCCUCAAUCCUGCGCUUCGCUGCCGCCCACUUCGCGCAGAACAAGAAGACGAAUACGCGUUGGAACGGCCGACAAAUCCGCAACGCCUUCCAGACUGCCGUAGCCAUGGCCCAAUACGAAGCCCUGGAAUCCACCGGUCUGGCAGGCAGCUGGGACUCAGACGUGGCGCUCGAAGACGUGCGCUCCGAACUCAAAGUAGCACACUUCGAAACCGUCGCGGAUGCAUCAUCGCAAUUCGACAUGUACAUCGCCGAGACCAUCGGCAGCACGGAUUCGAAGCGCGCGUACAUGGACCGUGAUCGUGCAGAUCACUUCGCGCACAUGGUGCCGCUCGCGCAGAAUGCGCAGUAUGGCGGCCAGCCGGCGUGGUCGGCACACGCCCCAUUUGCAGCAUACAAUCAAGCAGGCCCGUCGGCACCUUACACACACGCGGGUACGUCGAAUACCUUCGCAUCUCCGCCCCGAGCUAGGCAGGGCGAGAUGCCUAGUCCGCACCCUCCCGCGCCCAUGCAGAGCGCUUUUCGCCACGGCCAGGCGAUCCCAGGAGGGCAGCAGACACAUCCGUUCGCACAGGAUCCGCAUGUUCAGCAGUCUUACAUGGCUCAUACGGCAGACUAUGGGUCCCCGGGUCCUGUCUAUCCUCUUGCCAGCGGCAUGCGACCUUCAGUAUCACCAGCACCUCCUGAUCUAUUCACUGCGCAGACGCCGGUUACUACAGGCGCGUCUCAGAGUCACGAUGAUGACGGGUAUUAGUGCUGAAUCGUGGGCGGGGUAUACAGGUUGGGUAUCUGUGUAGUUCCUGACGAAUAGUCAGUUGAUGUAGUUUCAUGGGUGCCCUGGUGGAGUGCGAGCAACUGAUUGGGAAACACGAUAGAUCAAGGUUGCCAGAAACCACGUAGGCAGAAGACUUUUGGACUAUU